AUGGCUGGGCCUCCCACAUAUGCUGAUCUUGGCAAGUCUGCCAGGGAUGUCUUCACCAAGGGCUAUGGCUUUGGCUUAAUAAAACUUGAUUUGAAAACGAAGUCGGAGAAUGGAUUGGAAUUUACCAGCUCAGGCUCCGCCAACACAGAGACCACCAAAGUGAACGGCAGCCUGGAAACCAAGUAUCGAUGGACUGAGUACGGCCUGACGUUUACAGAAAAGUGGAAGAACAGCUUUUAUUUUAUUCAUUCAUUUUUGCUUCACUGCUCACACUGCCAAGAAAACAGAAUUUGCUUAAGAAUACAGAUCAACCCCCAGAACAAGGCGGAUUUCCAAGGCACCUCUCCAGAGCAGGCCUUUGCUGACUUCCUCUUUGCCAGCACUAUCCUGCACCUUGUCGUCAUGAACUUCGUUGGCUGA